UACUCCUUCGCAUCGCAACCUGAACCUCAACAAUACUCUUCUGCUGCUGACGUUUCCUCCUUCAGCUACUCGAGCCCUGUAGUGUCUUACAACAACCUAGGCUUCCUUCAUCAGAUCAUUGGAAAAGGAGCUGGUGCUCAACAGCAACAACCACAACAACAGCAACAGCAACAGGUUUACUCAGCAGCUCCAAGGCCAAAAGUACAAUAUACUUCUUCCCCAAGCCAAUAUUCAGCACCCCAAAACACCUAUGACAUUUCAAACGCUUACCAAGGCGUAGCUCAGAAAGCUGCAUAUUCUGAAUCUCCUCAAGCUCAGUACCAAGCCCAAGCACAAGCCCAAGCUUAUGCUCAAGCUCAGGCCCAAGCAGCACAAGCACAAGCUUUGGCUGAAGCCCAGGCCCAAGCUAAAGCUCAAUCUCAACAGCAACAGUCUCAGGCUCAUGCUAUUACCUUCCAAACUUCAUCUCCUGUAGCUCAGAAGCUUUCCUAUUCCUCAGCCCCUAGCUACCAAGCCAUCCAAGCCUUGCAAAAGCCUUCCGCACAAGUGAAUUAUGUGGGUUCUCCACAGCAGGUCGCUUACAGUGCACCACAAGGUUCCUCUCAAGCUUAUGAAACCGCUGCCCAUUCCGCACCCCAAAUUUCCUAUUCUCAGCCAGGUGCUCAACCCCAGUAUUACUCGGUGCCCCAAGGUGCUAAGUACCUCCGAGCAGGAAUCACUUACGCCCAGUAAUUUUUUUAUUUUUUUUUAGCUUUAGGUGACUAUUUCUUGAAUCUUUUGUAAAUAUUUUUUUUCUUUUCUGAGAAAAGGCAGGCUGUAUAUCAUAUUAUUGUUUUUGUAUAAGCGCGAAUAAAUGUAACGUUUUCUAUA